AUGCUGAUAAAGUUCUACCAGCAUGUCCUGGCUCUGGUGUUUGCUGUAGAUGAAAUCAACCAGAAUCCCAAGAUCUUGCGCAAUGUCACUCUUGGGUUCCAUAUUUGUGACAGCUACUACAGUAUCCAAAUGACCUAUCGCACCACCCUUCAUCUCCUCUUUCAGUCGAGCAGGUAUUUCCCCAAUUAUGAAUGUGAUAUUCAGAAAAAUGUAAUGGCUGUCAUAGGAGGACUAAGCUCUGACAUCUCCUUACAUAUGACAGACAUCUUAAGUCUUUACAAGAUUCCACAGGUUGCCUACGGGUCAUUUCCCCAAGAGGAGAGUAAUACGAGACAGUUCCCUUCUGUUUACCGCAUGGUUCCAAAUGAAACCCAGCAAUACAUCGGAAUGAUCAAAUUACUUCAGCAUUUUGGGUGGACGUGGGUCGGUCUCUUUGCUGUGGAUGACGACAGCGGAGGCCACUUCUUGCAGACCCUGGAGCCGUUGUUUUCCCAGCAUAGAAUCUGUUCGGAAUUUACAAAAAGAAUCCCAAACCAAGUCAAUUGGGAUACCUUCUAUGAAGUUUAUAAUAUUAUGUCAGUUAUAUAUCUGCCUUUCAGAGAUAGCAAAGCCAACACAUUUAUCUUCUAUGGAGAAUCAAGGACAAUCAUAUCAUUGAAUGAUUUUCUGUUUCUAGCAGAUUACAGCUCUAAGGGAAAUACAUAUUUGAGAAAGGUGUGGAUCAUGACGGCCCAAGUUGAUUUUGCAUUAACAGGCACUCAGAGGACCUGGGAUUUCAAUGUUUUCCAAGGGGCACUUUCCUUCAGAAUUCACUCAAAUGACCCUUUAGGGUUCCACAACUUUCUUCAGAAAAUCAAACCAUAUAGGGAACAAAAAGAUGGUUUUCUGAAGGAGUUUUGGGAACAAGCAUUUGAUUGUUCCUUACUCGAUCACCAGAAUUCAGAGAAGGAUGACACCUUAUGUACUGGGGAGGAGCUCCUAGACAGCCUUCCAGGGCAUAUUUUUGAAAUGAGUAUGACUGGCCACAGUUACAGCAUCUACAAUGCUGUCUAUGCCGUGGCAUAUGCUUUGCAUGCAAUGCACACAUCUGUGUCCAAUCACAGAGAAAUAUUAUGUCGCAAAAGACUUGAUUUUCACCAUCUCCAUCCUUGGCAGGGAAUUCCCAUUUCUGCGUGUAAUGACUACUGCCACCCUGGUUUUCAGAAGAAAAAAAAGGAAGGGGAGAAAUUUUGCUGCUAUGAUUGUGUUCCUUGCCCGGAAGGAAAGAUUUCAAACCAACAAGACAUGGUGGAUUGUAUCAAAUGCCCAGAAGAUCAGUAUUCAAGCAAGAACAAAGAUGGAUGCAUCAAUAAAGUGAUAACCUUCUUGUCAUUUGAAGAACCUUUAGGCAUCAGUUUAGUUUUGCUUGCUGUUUCUUUUUUCCUGACCACAGCCUUUGUGCUAGGAGUUUUUAUUAAGAACAAAGACACCCCCAUAGUCAAAGCCAACAACCGGAAUAUCACCUACACUCUCCUUGUCUCCCUUCUGCUCUGCUUCCUCUGUUCUUUGCUCUUUCUUGGAAAACCAAACAAUGUGACCUGCUUCAUCCAACAAUCUGCUUUCGGGAUCAUAUUCUCAGUGCCUGUUUCUUGUGUGCUGGCCAAAACCAUCACUGUAGUUUUAGCUUUCAUGGCCACACAACCAGGAUCUGGCCUGAGGAAGUGGGUUGGUAAAAAACUGGCCAACUCCAUUGUCCUUUCCUGCUGCCUUGUGCAAGCUGGCAUCUGUAUCAUAUGGCUAGGAAGCACUCCUCCAUUUCCAGAUUUAGACAUGUAUUCCAUGGCUGACAAGAUUGUAGCAGAAUGUAAUGAAGGAUCUGUGGUCAUGUUUUUUAUUGUCCAAGGUUACUUGGGACUUUUGUCUCUCAUCAGCUUGGCUGUGGCUUUCUUUGCCAGAAAGUUGCCUGACAGUUUUAACGAAGCCAAAUUCAUCACCUUCAGCAUGCUCAUUUUUUGCAGUGUUUGGAUGUCCUUUGUUCCGACUUACCUCAGCACCAAAGGGAAAUCCAUGAUAGCUGUGGAGAUCUUCUCUAUCUUGGCCUCCAGUGCUGCAUUAUUGGGUUGUAUUUUUUCCCCCAAAUGCUACAUCAUUGUGCUGAGGCCUGAGAUGAACAACAGGGAGCACCUGAUAAAGAGAAAGAAUUAA